GGUGACGUCACGACGCAGAGGCGGGGCUUCGGGCUGGUAAACAAGUCGAGACACAAAAACAAGCGGCGAGUAUUUCUUUAUUUACACUUUCUGUUUAUUAUUUUUAUCAUUUUUAUUUCAGCUCGGACUCGACUGAUAUUUCCAGAGUCGAGAAGAAGAGAAAGAUGAUCAGUAAAGUCCUGAUGCAGAUCCUGCUGGGUGGUGGAGGAGAGGAAGCGGAUGGAGUUGUGCUGGAGAACGAGAGCUGUGUGGAGCUGCUGGAGUGUGAAGAUGGGGACUGGAUCAUCGUUAAUAUCCCAGAUAACUCAUCUUUAGGCCUUCUUGUAGAAGAUCCUCUGGAGAAUCUGCUGAUCGAGCAUCCCAGCAUGUCCGUGUACCAGAUGCUUCAUCAGAGGACCAACGAGGAAGAAGUUUCCGAUGAAGAAGACGAUUCUCCCAGGUGUGUACAGGUAAGACGUGAUGUGUCGAGUCUUCUGGCGUUGUGGUGUGGUUCCACGCUGUUCUCGGAUCAGAGAGCUCGAGUGUACUCUGAACGCAGGAAGUUGAGCCGCAGCGCCCUCAGCAGGCAGAACCUGGUCAGGACUCGGUUCUCCAACACAGAGCGCCACUACGGCCACUUCAAACAGCCGACUCAGCGCCUGUACAACUACUGAGUGUGUGACCAGAUGGCGAGGGGUGUGUGUGUGUGUUUCUCGUUGAGCUUAGCUGUAGCUGAUACACUUUUAGCAUGAAGCUGAUGCAAUACAUUAAUUGAAUUCUGAUUAUUAAUUAAGAUUUUGUGAAUGUUUUUGAAAAGAUGUGAUAUAUAUAUAUAUAUACAUAUAGUGUGUGUGUAGAUGUAGCUGAUUGUGCAGUGAAGUGUGUUUAUGUACAUAUAUAUACGUACAUAUUGUGUAGAUGUGUGUGUGUGUGUGUAGCUGAUUGUGUGGUGAAGUGUGUUUAGCAUGAACAUGAUGUAUUAUUUGUAUUCAGCUCUUUAGCCGAGCGACUCGCACCGUUUUUAAAUGAUGAUUUUAUUUUAAGUUUUUGGUGUUAAAUGCAUUUAUACUGUAAAUAUUUCUGUUUCAUUUUUUAAAUUCAGGAAUAUAUUUGUGAAAAAUAUUUUUUUAAACUGCAAAAUAAACAUUUUUAUUAUUACG